CCCCUGACCUGUUCAGAAGUCAUUCCCCUGUCAACACACCUGAGGUCAUCGUUCGGCAGCAACUUGCAACAACAAGGCGUGACCAUUCAAGGUAUCUGGAUCCUCUUUAGAACUUUCAUGAAAUCCUGACAGCCUUUGAUUUGUUCGGUUUAUUUCAUCUGCAACACACUGGGACCAACCCUGAUCCACAACGUCUCGGCACGAAGUCACCCAUCAUGGCAUCACUCACAGAGGUGCUGGGUGUCUUCUGCUGGUGCCUCCCCUGCUUCUCACUCCCAGAGGACUACGACCAUGAUCCUCUCCUCCCACAAUACCGCGAUGACACAGUUCUCCAGAGAGAGCUGCACCAGAAGCUUCACAGCUAUCAGAUGCUACGUGCCCUGUCACAGGGGUUCAUGCCGUCCAACGAGCAGGUGAUCGUCAACCUGAGAACCAUCAUUGCUUCAGAUGUCCUCAAUCCGGAGAACGAGGACCUCAGUGAUUCAGGACGAGCACUGGUGCAUUAUGUCAAGGUCUGGCUCAAGCAGUUCAUGGACCUGCUCAUGCACAAGAAUGGCCAUGACCAGAUCGAGGACUUCAUUUGGUACUUGACCAAGGCAAGGGUCUCUGUGGACAUGGAGGAUAUCGCGAACCGCACAGCCAAGGCAACCUCCAAGGCUCAGACGGCAGCAGCAUACAAGAGUCUCCAAACAGUUGGCACCCUGCUGCUGACGAAUUCGGAUUUCAGGAUCUUUCUUUCCGAUCUGAACACCAUUGGGCGUGAAGUGUUCCGCGACACAGCUUUCACUCUCUCGGAGGUGUCUCAAAAAGCAGCUGAACGCAUCGAGCCGUCCCAAGAAGACCAAGAAGCCUUGAAGCGCCCCGGUGCAGAUGGCGACUCUGCUCCUACGAACAAAGAACUGCAACAGGAGGUUUCUGAGGUUGCAAAUGUGGUGGCGGAGAGCGUUGCUGAAGUGGCUCAGGAGGCCGAACACAGCUUCGUCGACAAAAUCAAAGGCGACGAGAAAAGCACAUUACUAUACCGACUGAAGCAGGCUGUCACGAAGUUGAGGGGCCGCACAGAUUAUUCCGAGUCAGUUUCCAUGUUGGCCAAGAUCCUGCAACGGUACGCCUUGGUCUAUUCGCAUGUCUUCGAAGAGACGGCCGGAACAGCCGAACGGGAUAUCCAUACCAAUCCGGAAACUGAGAAGGCGGUGAAAAACUUUUGGACGUUCUUGAAGUCAUUUGGUGACGCCAAAGAGUGGACGGAGCUCGAGAGGAGAUUCAAACAGCUCAUGGAGCAUGGGAAGAGCGACCCCGAGUUCGACCAACUUGUCCGGCAAGCAGGAAAUGCCGUCCAAGAGAUGCUGACCGACCCCGGAUUCUUUGAUUAUGCCGAGGAGAGGUUCCAGGAUUUACGAACAAAGUCACGGCAGCUGACUUCGGAUUCCUCGCUACGGGAUGAGGUGGACGGGCUUCUCGCCAAGCUGCAAUCCACCUUCCAAUCUGUGCUCAGAGACGAAGAUAUUGCGAAGCUGAUCCGGACGUCUACGUACAUCGCUAAAAUACUUUCGCCUGCACACCAGUACACCAACACAGAGCUGGUGACUGACGCCAUCAAUGUCUUUGUCCCUAUGUUUGUGCAGGCGAUCCAGUACGUCCCGAUACCGAGAGUCGAGGUCUCGACUCCGGAGGUCGAUCUCCUGCUCGAGAACCUUGUCAUCGAACCCGGUGUGACCGUCAACAACACUUCGUUCCUACCAUACAGGCUUCGCAUAGAGACACGGAACGAUCUAGAGAUUCGUAAAGCUCGUACUAGAACCACCUCAAGCGUGCAGUCGCUCAUGACCAUCAAGAUUGACGGUCUGUCGAUUCGUGCUGAGGAGGUCGGCUUCUGGCUGCGGACGCGCUCGGGGCUUUUCGAGAUCGCUGACGAGGGCAUCGCAUCGUUUGAGCUGGACGAGAAGGGUAUCGAUAUUGAGAUCGACGUCGAGAUAGCCAAGGAGCGCCUCGAGAGUAUACUGUCCCUCCGGGACGUCCGCGUUCACAUCCACAAGCUCAACUACAGCCUCCGCAAGUCCAAGUUCGCCUAUGCAGCGUUUGCCCUGAAGCCUGUCCUGGUCCCCAUUAUCCGGAAGGCUAUGGAGGUGCAGAUAUCAACGGCCAUUGGAGACCUGAUACACGCGGCGAACCGAGAGCUCCUGUAUGCCCGUGAGAGACUGCGGGCUACUCGCAUCGCUGACCCAGCUGAUCUUAUGACCUUCAUCAAGGCUGUUGCCGCUAGGCUUGUGCCAGAGGAAGACCCAGAUUUGUACACCAGGGUUGGGUUGGUGGAGCCUGGUACUGGCGUAUUCAAGGGCGUCUAUGCUCCUGGCAGCAUCGUCAAGGUGUGGAAUGAGGAGGCUGCUCAAGCCAAGCAGAAGAUUCGAGAGGGUGAGAGUGACCAGGGUUGGAGGAACAGCAUUUUUGAUGUGAUCACAACUCAUGUCUAAGUUCUGGGAUGCUGAGGCUCAUCUGACAGCAAACGGCUCUUCUUCUUUUGUUUUGUUUUCUGGUAUUUCUUGUUGGGAGGGCUGCGAGGACAGGAAGGGCGUGGCUCAGCAUGGGGUAAUAAGCAUCGGGAGUACUAGGGAAAGUGAUUCGAGACUGAGACUUAAAUCUCGACUGGAGCAGCCAAAGUGAUUUCCAGAACAGUGUUUCGGCGACACGUGUGAAUUUUCCGUGGGUGGUGGGCGUCCGACCGAUUACCAAAGUGACAAACGGAGCUCUGGUGCAAAAGUGUGCAGCCCAUCCCAAUCUUCCUGUCAACUUUGUGAAUUUGGCAGCCUGCAAACGCGUGUUUUCUUGCUGAAGACCAACACAGCCAGACCUGUGUCCCCUUGACCUCCAGCAAUCGGUCUUCUUUCUGUCCACACUCACUACCAUACUCGUC